CAAAGUAAAAAAAAAAACAGGAUAAGGAAAAAAACAUAAUCUAAAGUCAAACAGCUGUUUCAUAAAAUUCGAAGUUUCGUGAAAUCAAAAUUAGAGAGAAUUGAAGAAUGGAUCAUCAUCAUAAUCAUAAUCAAUGGCGAAUGAGAUUAUUAUCUUUCAAGAACGCCACAAUUGCUCUCACGCUCGUCAACCUUCUCAUCUUCCUCUUCCUCCUUCAGGGCUUUUUCACUUCCUCCUCUCGCCGACCCGUUUCAGCUCAGCUUCGGUAUGUGAAGGAAGCCGAAGAGAUUAGACUCAAGAUGCAACCUUUAGAGCUUAUCAAAAGAGUCCGAGAAAUUGAACAAGAGUCAUCUGCUGGACAAGAGACAGAGCAGGAGAAGGAUGUGAAGCAGAACACUGCCGUUGAUCUCUCUAAACGCCUCAAAGAUUUCCGCUCCCUUAACGAUGCCUCCAGCUUGAAAGCAUUGGAAGAAUGGCGAAAGCGAAAAAUGGAACGAGCAAGACAACGUGAUCUUGAGAAAACCGGAGGACUUUCUUCAUCCAAAACAUCAUAAAAACACUACUAACUAACUCUCAAGAAGAUAUCAAUAUAUAUUAUCAUGGCUGCUCCUUGCUGCUACUAAAACCAUUCGUAUAGUGUAAUACACAGACACAAUGCUUUGAAAGGAAAAGUAUCUAAGCAUGUAAUGUUUCCUACAUUGAACUUCACAAUCUUGUUUACACCGCAAAACUUUCAGUAAAUGAUAGAAGAUCACAAGUCAAUCAAUA